AUGCGUCCCUCAGCCAUCUUCACCGCGCUCCUCUUCACAGCCUCUGCGCUUGCUAUCCCCCUCAAUGCUGCACCAGGUGGCAAAGCCCUCGAACCUGUCAAGCGCGAGGCGGCGCCGAUCGGCAAUGCGGUCGCUGAGAAGCGUCAACUGCUUGACUUGUCCGACAUAGUAGACGACCUUCUUGCCACGUUGACCAGCCUGUUGCCCACCAUUACCAGCACUGUCAGUGGCCUGGAGACCGAGGUUGGCAAGCUGGUCACUGACGCCGAGUCGGAUGUUGGAGCCACCCUGAGCUCGGUCGAAUCGACUGUCCAAGACCUCCUCAAUCAAUUGAACGGUGUCGUUGGUGACGUCAACGUCGGUGGGACAUUGAACGGCGUCUCAUCCGACUUGACCGCGACCAUCAGUGAAGUCCAGAGCCUUCUCAGCAGUCUUGAGGGACUUGCUGGAAGCGUCAAUGUCAGCGCCAGCGUGGAUCUUAGUGGCGUCACCAGUGUGGUCCAAGAGCUUCUGAACACCCUCACUGGCCUGACCGGCUUGACAAAAUAA